AUGUGUGCAGCUCCCAUAACUCAGAGUAGUGUGAAAGAGAAGGACAUCAAAGCUCCUCUGAGGACACUGGGCACGGACCAACACAGGCAUCGUCGUUUAAACCCCGCUGCUAAAAAGAGCCCAACAGGACAGAAGCAUCACAGAGCAGGGCACAGCACGCAGCCGUCCGAGGCGACCACAGAGACAACGAGACAGAGAACCAUGAUGAUGAUGAUGAUGAUGCAGCCUGGUCUGGAUAACGCAACCAGACUGAAGAUGAUGCAGGCUCAAGCUUUGUGCAAAGAAGCCAGAGGAGAGCAUCUGAACUUGGGGAAAAAGGUCAGCGUUCCAAAAGAUGUGAUGAUGGAGGAGCUGAACCUGUCAAACCGAAACCGUGGCUCCCGCAUGUUUCAGGAGCGGCAGAAACGAGUCGAGAAGUUCACUCUGGAGAACUCGGCCAACGUUCCUCACAACAUCAUCAAAGUUCCAACAGAAGCGAUACCACCUGAACACCUGACACCAGAGCCACAAGUCGGAAAAGAAAACCGGACUUUCUCCAUCCCGGGCAAACACAGCCUUGUUAUGAACCUUCAGAAGACCGUAGCAAAGAAGGGCAAUCCGGCCGUCCUUGCUCCAGGUUACGCUGGGCCUCUGAAAGAAAUCCCUCAUGAAAGAUUCAACACAACAGUGAUACCCAAAUCCUACUGUUCUCCAUGGAGGGAAGCCCUGGCCAACAAAGAGGAGCCUCUAAACCAACUGGCCGACGAACCACAAGGCCAACAACCAGCCAACUUCAGGAGCUUCAACAGAGCUGCUGUGCCGUUUGGAGGCAUGAUGGCCAGCCAGAGGGUGGUCCCUGUGAUCGGAUAUGAGGCUGUGGAAUCGCAGACGCUGCCAGGAGCUGUUUUAGAGCGCAUGUACCAAAGGCCCAACUUUAACAGAGCACCCAGGGGAUGGGGCAUCACUUACAGCCCUGAAUCUAAUGAACUAUGA